CUAACCACGGUCCUGGAGACGCCUGAGUCUGCAGCAGCGCACGAUCUGCUCUAUUCCCAGUCUGUAUCUGAAUGACGGGCGGAAGGUUUGACUUCGACGACGGCGGCACUUACUGCGGGGGGUGGGAGGAUGGCAAAGCCCACGGACACGGCAUCUGCACCGGACCCAAGGGCCAGGGCGAGUACGCCGGGUCCUGGUCGCACGGCUUUGAGAUAGUAGGGGUGUAUACCUGGCCCAGCGGGAAUACCUACAAAGGCUACUGGUCCCAGGGGAAGCGACACGGGCUCGGCGUGGAGAAUAAAGGCAAAUGGAUGUACCGCGGGGAGUGGAGUCACGGUUUUAAGGGUCGGUACGGAGUCCGACAGAGUCACAACACACCUGCUAGAUAUGACGGGACCUGGAGCAACGGGCUGCAGGAUGGAUAUGGGAUCGAAACCUAUGGAGAUGGCGGUACCUAUCAGGGCCAGUGGAUGGGUGGGAUGCGACAUGGCUACGGCGUACGUCAGAGUGUUCCCUAUGGCAUGGCCACUGUUAUCCGCUCUCCUCUGCGUACCUCUCUGGCCUCCCUGCGCUCUGAGCAGAGCAACGGCACGGUGCUCCAGGACCUCUCCUCCCCUGCGGACACGCCCACAGGCAGCCGUGGUGGCUUCGUCCUAAACUUCCACUCAGACAGCGAGGUCGUCACGGGCAAGAAGAAGGGCCUGUUCCGCCGCGGCUCGCUCUUCGGAAGCCUUAGGCAAUUGCGUAAGUCUGACUCUCGGACCUCGAUCUCCAGCAAACGCAGCUCCGCGCGAAGUGACGCUGCCAUGAGCCGCAUCAGCUCCAGUGACGCCAACUCUACCAUAUCCAUCGGUGAUGGCGAGCUGCCGGACGAGGACUUUCCCCUGGAGGACCAUGUGGAUGCCACCACAACCGAGACCUACAUGGGCGAGUGGAAGAACGACAAGCGCAAUGGAUUUGGUGUUUCAGAGAGAUCCAACGGGAUGAAGUACGAGGGAGAAUGGCUUAACAACAAGCGCCACGGUUAUGGGUGCACGGUUUUCCCAGAUGGCACCAAAGAAGAAGGGAAGUACAAAAAUAACGUGCUGGUUCGUGGAAUAAGGAAGCAGUUGAUUCCUCUUAAGAACCCCAAAACCAAAGAGAAGGUGGAUCGGGCUGUGGAGGGGGCACAGAGGGCUGCAGCCAUUGCCAGGAGUAAAGUGGAAAUAGCAGCUUCCAGAACGGCCCAUGCCAGGACAAAAAGCGAGGCUGCAGAGCAGGCUGCCAUCUCUGCUGUGCAUGACUCUGAAAUUGCCAGGGCGGUUGCAAGGGAGCUUUCUCCAAACUUUUACCAACCAGGACCUGACUACGUUAAACAACAGUCGAAGGAGCCCGUGGUGGAGAUUAAAGAGGUCCCUGUUGAAAAGAAGGAAAAGUCCCCAAAAGAUUCUCCCCACUUUUACCGCCAAGGUACCACUCCUCCUCGAUCCCCCGCAACCAGUCCUGUAGCAACGUCUCCCCCCUCACCUCACUCCAGCAAGAAGAAAAGUCAACUCGCCAACAGCACCAGCCGCAAAACCAGCAAAGAGGAGAAACCAUCCCGCAAGUUAAGCAAAGAAGAGAAGUCGAGUCAUAAACCCAGCAAGGACGAGCGGUCUAGUAGAAAGCUGAGUAAAGAGGAGAGGCCGACUGUAUCUGACGGCCCUAAAGCUUCUCAUGGGCACCUUGAGGCUCCAGCGAAGCCUGCGAAGACUCAGCAGUCUCCCGCAGCGACCGCUCCUCCUCCACAGCCUCCUCCACAGCCUCCUGCUGUUCCAGUCAACGGCGAGCUCCACACCGAGUACCACAGUUACUAUGUCAAGCCCCCCACAAGGGUCCCUCCCCCUCCGGACCCUGAGGACGAUAUAGAGGAAGAGCCUAGUGCUCUGGCCCUGGCGCGCAUGCCCCCACAGCCCCCUAAGUCCUAUAGUACCCCUACCCCUAAAGCAGCCUCCAUACGGGAGAGCAAGAGCGAACCUAAACUCAGGAAGCAGGAUUCCCUAAAGCCAAAGAGCCUCGCAGACGCAAAGAAAGCCAGUAUGGAGAUUGCAGACAGUAUGGAAGAAACAGGUCCUAACUCAAUCCUGGUUGCAAUGGUAAUGCUGUUGAAUAUUGGCCUUGCAAUUAUAUUUGUCCAUUUUCUGACAUGAUGAUGCUGUUUCUCAGUGAAACCAUGGCAACAAGUACAGUUGCAUCACCGGCCUUGAAAAUGAAAAUGGCGCCAGUGGACACGGGGGUGGCCGUACGUAGGUGUUGAGGAAUCAACAUGACACCGAAGAGAAGAGAAUCUAGGAGGGAGGCAACACUACCACCAACCUGUCAUGGGCCUUCUUUAGGGGCCAGCCCCGUGAAUUAGCACUCCCUUGGUUAUUCUAAAAGCUGGAGGGGAAAUGUUGUGUCUAGUGAGAUAAAAAAAAAAAAAAAAAAAAGUUUAAAAAUGCAACCAAACACACACACACAGGCUGAAAUACAGAAGUUAUUGAAACCCACACGUAUGCUGAUCCAAGCACUGGUCUCUGUAGCCCACUCCCACUGCCUUGGCAGGGAGAACGGUGGGCUGACGGACUUUGUUGGACGAGUGUGGAGAUGCACUUUUAGAUGACGGGAGCAAACAGCUGCCUUUCUAUUUUGCCAUCUGACGUUUUGAUGGGGAGAUGUGAGCCUGACGGCACAGUGUGGGAGGAGGGGGGAAGCGGGUGGCACAGUCACAGCGGGAGCGUGCGUUUUCUUUGGGGGUGGGGGGGCGGGGGGGUUCACACCACUCUUGCAGCAGGAAACUGGGCACGACCGUUGCCAGCAGUCAGUGCUAGCACGGUCACUUUCCAGUCUUACUCUGUUUUACCCGAUCAUCACUGCAGCUUUGUCGAGCUCUGUCCAUUGUAAACCCAGGAUACAUCGCUUUGACACACUCCCUGUGCAUGGUACAGUUUUCAACGUUUUCUUUUUGUUUGUUUUCUAUUACAUUGUACCUUCUUUUUUGUUCUUCGUUGUUCUCUGAAUGUUGGUAACCUGCAGUCAUAUACUUGUAGUUCAAAAGAAAAUCUGAGUAAAUAUUUUCCCCCUUUUAUUUCAAAAUUUUACUCAUUUCAACUAAUCGGAUGCAAUUUGACAUUAUGCAUCCAUGCUAAUGAAAGUGCAAUACCACUAUGUUUUAUUUUUUAUAAGUAAAGCUUAUAGUAUAUUUUGCCAAAAAAAAAAAAAAAAAAAAGAGGAAAUAAUGAAAACCCAGUGUUGGAUUUAAUUUUUUCAACCUCAUCAUUUGAAUGACUGGUAUUGAGAGAAGGUGUCAAUGAGCAGCUGGCACUGUGUGUAGGAAGCAGGAUCACACUUUAAAAGCUACCUAGCUCUGUGAGAGUGAAGUAACAGAUGUCUUAUGUUAUUUAUUAAAUUCAGAAGGAAAAGGAUGUCAUUGUACCUGCCAAGACCAUUUAGCUUGAAUUCCUUCAUUUUAUUCUUUGCUUUCAUUUUUCUUUUCUCUCAAAUGCAAAGACGCAGUUCACUCAGCUGCUUCAGCCAGCCCAGCAGUGCUCGCGUGCUUGUGAGACAGGAUUGAGAGAGAAUCCUGUGGACAGUUGAAGGUGAAUUUAUUCAGGUUAAGGCCAUGGGGAAUGUGACAGCAGGGAGGAAGGAGAUAUGCCUUUUAAAAAGUCUUUAACAGUACUACUGUUUACCUCAGAAACAGAUGAGGAAGGGGGAGGGGGGGGGGGGGGAGAGAGAGGUGCCAUCCUUGUCUUAACUUUGUCGUGCGGGGGAUAUUUUGACUGUUGUCAUCACCUGAAUCAUGCUUUGAUCUUGCCUCAUUGUAGCCGUUUGUAGUCUUUGUUGCAGGUAUGGCAUGAGUUUAUUUGAUUUAUAAAAAUAAAAAAAAGAAAUGGUUAUUUAUAUGAUUGACAUUUAGUGUCAUCUACCAAGAAUCGUUAUUUAUUCAUUGUAUAACUGAUGUGUUUGUGAACAUUUGUAAUCACAAAAAAGGGCUUUAAUAUGGCUACGUUUUCUUUUCUGCAACUGUUAGCACGUCCAAAUUUAGUUUGCAAACUGUUCACGUCAAAACAAAACAAAAACAAAAAAACGAUAUAACGAUACGUUCAAAAUCUUGAUUCGACAAUAAAAGCAGACGAAGAAAUGAAUGAUUCAAAAGAAUUGUAAUAUUAUGAACGUGAUGCAUUUAGGAGCAACUCUUCACCCUUUCUGUACAACACCCUCUUUUUCUUGUUUCGAACUGUCUUCACACAAGCAUGGUGAAGAUCGGCGUUUCAGGAGGGUCUAACAGAACAAGCCUGUUUAUGGGAUAUUUUUUUGAAAUGCAACAUUGCAUGUUGUAGUCAUUUAUAUAUAGAAUAUUAUAUACUAUUUGUAAGGAUUUUUACAGAGCACAAUCCAGAAUCUGGUAUGAGUUGGUAUUUUUCUAACAAUUUGCACACCUGUAUUUUGACAAUGGAAUAUAACUUGUUUGUAAUUGGUAAUGUAAUGCACAUAUGAUAAUGUUUGACAGUGGAGAAAAAAAAAUCUUUAUUUCUGAUUGGUUGUACUGUAUGUACCAUUUGGGGAUGUGAAAGACAGAUGAUGUACUCGUUUGAAUAUUUAAGGAUAUAAUGAACUGUGGGAGACUUUUGAUAUCUCAAGGUUCACGUGACCCCACUGAUUUGUGCAAAGUCUUUGGAGAUGAAGUUAUGUGUAUAACAAUAAAGAUGUUAUGCCUUGAUAAACGA